GGGGUAAAGACAAACUGAAGUGCCUCAGAACGUCGCCAUAGAACGCAUACCAUGGCCACUCUGGAAUGGUAUUGGUGCGAUGGUGGAUGCCUUUGAUAAAACUUAUGAGAGUGUGAAGGUCCUUGAUAUGGUCUUGCCUGGUCACAAUAGUAGAUGGCGCGGGUGCAUUCAACGGCAUGUCAAGGAUGGAGAAGGCAGGGAUAUCGACUUGAGCAAGCAGACCCGCCAUGUUGUCAGGAGUGGAGAUGAUGUCUCAGUGUUCUAUAAAGUCCAACCAUUAUAUACAGCGACUGCUCUCCAGUGCCACCUAUAGAGUGCUGAGCCGGGCUCGAAGCCAUUGCCAUCCAUGACAUAAAGGUAUCCUUGGCACAUCUGAUAAAGCUGCGCUUGCAAUCUUCUGAGACAAAGGGAGUACGUAACUUGCGCCAUAGUAAAGAUGGCUAAUUCUCAAACAGCCACCAGUCACUGCCAAUUUUGACCAGUGCCGGUGGAGAAGCUGGCUGCUGCUCGAAUGAUAAGCAGCGGCAAAAGAUGGACGUACUAAGCUGAGCCGUAACAAAGAUGGCUCUUUCCCGAAAAGCAUAGGCUUGUCGGCUACUGCAAUGAUCCAAACCAAUUUCAUUGGCAUGAUCAAUGCCGUGUUGAAACUUGACCACUGCGAGACAGCAUAUAACAUCGCCUCGUGUACCAUUGCGUCGUUGCCCAGCACAUCGAGAUCUGAGAAUUGAUGAUCUGCUAACUGAGCAGCAGCAAACAAGACGGAUCGAUAACUAUCGAUAAUGACGAUGGC